AGACCUCGGGCCGCAGUUGAGGCUGCUGCUAAAGCGGGGCGCUGGGUCGGUUCCCUGAACCUAGUAACACAUGUCACUCAGCCCAGACUUAGAGACGUCGCCAGCACCCGGGGCUUCGCACAUGCUUGGCAACCCCUCUACCACUGAGCACCAUUCUCAGCUCUUUUUAUUUUGAGGCACGCUUUUGCUAAGUUGCUGAGGCUGGCCUCGAGUUUGGGAACCUCCUGCCCCAGCCUUGAGUAGCUGGGAUUACAAACGUGCGCCUCUGCGCCCGUUUGAGGACUUCAUUUUUUAACCAUGACAGUAGACCUGUGUUUCUGUUGCCUAGCUUGAUAUCACAAAUAUCAGUAGCCUGGCUCCGUUUUAACCGAGAGUCUUGAAAAUGAACUUGGCCAAGGGUUUGCACCUUACCAGUAUAUAAGAACAUUGGAUCAGAAGUUGAGCAUUACACUAUUGAGAAACAACGGAAGGAGCUACAGGUGCUCAUUGGAGAAUUGAAAGAUCGAGAUAAAGAACUCAAUGAUAUGGUUGCUGUGCAUCAACGACAACUUCUUUCAUGGGAAGAGGAUCGGCAGAAAGUUUUGACUUUGGAGGAGCGUUGCAGCAAAUUAGAAGGUGAACUACAUAAAAGAACUGAAAUAAUUAAGUCACUCACGAAGAAGGUAAAAGUCCUUGAGUCCAAUCAAACUGAAUGUCAAACAGUCCUUCAGAAGACUCAACUACAGCUUCAGGAGAUGGCUCAAAAGGCAACACAUUCUUCCCUCCUCUCUGAAGACCUUGAGGCUAGAAACGAAAAUCUCAGCAACACAUUAGUGGAACUUUCUGCUCAGGUAGGACAAUUACAAGCUAGAGAACAGGCUCUCACUACAAUGAUAAAACUUAAGGACAAAGAUAUUAUUGAGGCAGUCAAUCACAUUGCAGAUUGUUCGGGUAAAUUUAAAAUGUUAGAGCAUGCUUUACGUGAUGCUAAGAUGGUGGAGAAUUGUAUUGUGAAAGAAAAGCAAGAUUAUAAGCAGAAAUUGAAGACACUUAAGAUCGAAGUCAAUAAAUUAAAAGAGGACCUAACAGAAAAGACAACGGAAAAUAAUGAGCAGCGAGAAGAGAUCAUUCGCCUUAAGCAAGAGAAAAGCUGCCUGCAUGACGAAUUGGCUUUUACUGUAGAGAGAGAAAAGAGGAAAGAUGAGUUACUGGAUAUUGCAAAGUCAAAACAAGAACGUACAAAUUCAGAACUGCAUAAUUUGAGACAGAUUUAUGUAAAACAACAGAGUGAUCUCCAGUUUCUUAAUUUCAAUGUGGAAAAUUCUCAGGAAUUAAUUCAGAUAUAUGAUUCAAAGAUUGAGGAAUCGAAAGCCCUGACAUCCAGCAGAGACAUGUGUUUAUCAGACCUUGACAAUAACCACCUAAAAGUCGAUGCUAAGAGGGAGAAAAGUCAGAAGUCACUGGUUAAGGACCCAAAAUUUGAGACCACAUUGGCUCAGCAAAAUAGGCCAGACAAGAUUUCUUGUGAGGUAUGCAAAGGGAAGAAACUACAGAUUAAUACUGAAUCUGGGGAAAAAAAUAUAAUUGCUUUAUCAUCUCUGUUUACAAAAGACUUAAUGGAAAAACAAAAGUCUUGGUCUCUGGGUGGAAAAAUCCAGAGUGAACCCGAAAACAAAAUCACAUUGUGCAAGAUCCAUGAAACAUCAUCAAAAGGUGGUGGAAUUAGGUUUCAGAAUGAAGAGAAGCAGCUCUGGGAAAGUUCAGCAUCUUUACCUGAUGAAAAGCAGUGGCAUGAUGUCAGUGUUUACCUGGGCCUGACCGACUGCUCUGAUGCAAAGCCACCUGAAAAGCUGGAUGUGGACUGUCAUGACUUGAUGGAAAAGUCUGAGAUGUCAUGUGGCCCCAGGAAUGAAGGAUGUCAGAGUGACAGUGACCUGUAUGAAUCCAAGUGCUGCCACCCGAGUAACUUCAUAAUCGAAGCCCCAGGCCACAUGUCUGAUAUGGAGUGGAUGAGCAUUUUCAAGCCUUCUAAAGUGCAAAGAAUUGUUCGCCACAAAUCUGUGUGUACUUGUUCAGGAAGUGUCAGUGCAACAAAAUAUAACUCCUCAGCAAGUGAGCUAAUUGCCAUCCAACAUUCCCACUGUUUGAGUUCUUCAAAGUCUGCCCUAAGAGAGGAUGAGACAGAGGCCCCUCCUGAUAAAAAUAAUUUAUCCAAGGGUUUGUUAAUCAACAAAGAAGCAGCUUUGUCCAGCAAAAAGGAAGACUUCUCACCCACAAGUAAGCUUCAGCGAUUGCUGGCAGAAUCUCGGCAGAUGGUCACGGAUCUGGAGCUGAGCACACUGUUGCCCAUCAGCUGUGAGAAUUUCGACAGCAGUACCAGAAGUAACUUAGAAGUCUCAGAAGAGUCAGAUCAAAAGAAUACCUUUGUCAGUCAUUGAAAAAAACAAAGUCAACUUGAAUAUUCAUUGUUAUCUUGGCGCCAGAUUUCUCAUCUAUAUGGAGGGCAGAAAGCAGACAUCAAUGUGACUUCACCUUAGAACAAGAGAUGACUGUGAUCCUUCACAGGCAGCAUUUAACACCAAAGCGGAGCAGAAACUAAAAGUUUAUUUUUUAAAACAUCUGUUGUUUUCAGUUAACCAUUUUCAUGUCUAAGAAAUAUUUCCAUUUGUAAGCAGUGAGGCCUUAUUGUAUGUACACGGAGUUGGAAUUAUGCUAAAAAGGAAAAAGUUCUCUGUAAAGGUGCAGGCUGUAGCUGGGCACUGGAGACUCUUCACAUGGGAGGUCAGGUGAGCACCUGCGUGUAGAUGCCACCUUACCACCUGCUUUCCUAAAACCUGAACAUCAGAGUCAGCUCCAGAUAUAUGAGGAAUAAUUUUCUCUUCUCAUACAAUUUUAACGCUGGGCUUUUCUGUGUUAACAGACAUGAGAUGAUAUGAUAUAAAAUGUUUUUAAGGGAAAAUAUCACCUUGGAGGCUGACAGGUGAGGUCCAUCUGUCCUAAGCCAGCAGAGCCCCGUCCUGUCUGGGUCCGUAACUCAAACAAAAGCUUGCUGGAAAACCAAGUUUCAUAUGAAUUUUUUUUAUAUUAAAGGACUAAAACACUUCCAUUUUAA